GGUUAUUGUGCAAAAUAUUGAAGAGCUUGGUUGAAAAAUUGAGGGCUUUUUGUGUUCUAGGGUUUGAUUGAUCUCCGAGUGGGAGGGCGAUGGAUUCGAGCGCUUCGGAGAAGAAGAGUGAUGAUCUCGAGAUCUUCAGCGCCGAGAACCUCCAGAGCAAUAUGAAGUCCAUUUACUAUAGCCGCACGUUCUUGUCUAUUGUUGGUGGUGUGGUGGCGGGGAUCUGGGGAUUUACCGGAUUGAUGGGCUUUGUCUUCUACUUUUUGGUAAUGGCGAUCGCUUCCUUGGGUUUGGCGGCGAAGGCGAAGUUCUCUGUUCGCGCGUACUUCGAUUCUUGGAACAGGAUCGUAGUUGAUGGGUUUCUGGGUGGACUCAUGUCCUAUGUGCUGUUCUGGACAUUUGCUUAUGACAUCGUGCAUAUAUUCUGAUCAAAUGGAAGCUCGUAGCUGCUAGAGAAAUGGAGCUUUAAUGCAAAAUCUGGGCUCCAGAACGGCAUAGUGCCUUUAUACUUAAACCUGAUGUACUCUAUUCCACGUGUGCUAUGAAUUUCCGAAAAAGAAACGUAAGGCAAGAAUUGUUGUUUAUUGUGGCUUCUGUCCUUGUAACAAAAUUGGUUAAGGCUGUGAUUUGUAGAAUCUUUUUAAUGUUAUAUGUUUGAACUCAAAUACAAUUUUGGUUUUGUAUUUUGAAAUAAAUGGGCCAUAUUUAGUA